UUGCAGUCUGUGAAAUAAAGAAAAUUUUACUCUCUUCCCCCGGAGGAUACCUUCACUGUUUUUGUUUCUUUGACUUACUAGUAGGAGCUGAAGCUGAGUCAAGAACUGAGUUUCUUCUGGUUUUGGAACUUGUUGUUUGUGCUUUUUCCAUAUCAGUGUGCCUGUUCACUUUCGAAGAUAGUUGCUACGACACUCCUUUAGGAAUUUUAAUCUGUGAAAGUUUUUCUUAUGUAAUCGGGAAUAACAUGGGCAGAUUAUACUUAAUGCCUUAAUGACUUCGACUGUUGCCACUUUUAAUUUCUACUGUCGACAGAUCAUAACUAUUAGUUAAAACUUAGAUAGCUGGUACAUUGAAAGAAUUUAAUGGCAGGCAAUGGCCUGCCAUCUCUGGGUCGUGUAAAGCUUACUGAUCUCAUACUCUCUGAAUGCCUUCCUUCAGACUCAUACAAGCUAUCAGUUUCUACUUUGUCACAGUCAUUUGCUCAAUAUUCUGUUGCCAUCAUUCAGUUUCCAGCUAGUGAUGGACCUUUUGUAAGAUCUGGUUUAGAUUCUGCUCGCCUUUACUUCCAACAAAGGGCAGCAUACCCAUCUGCAGACAUGAAAAGUUAAGUCUCUUUCAGCCUGUCUUUAGGAACUCUCUGCAAAUUGGACCCACCAUCUCAUUUCCUCUUCUUUUUUUUUUCUUUCUCAGGCAUUUCACUGCAUUAUCUGCUUAGCUACUCCGAAAGAUGGAGCGGUCCAGACUUAAUAUGAGGGGCCGUUGCUCUGGUUCAACACCAUCAGAGGAAUCAGCUUUGGAUUUUGAAAGAAAUUGCUGCUGUCAUCCUCAUCUUCCUUCAUUUAGUCCAUCAACACUUCAGCCUUUUGCUUCAGCUGGAAUGCACAAUGAGAGCAACGCUCCUUACUUUUUAUGGCCACCCUCCAGCAGAUUAAAUGAUGCUGCUGAAGAGAGGGCAAACUAUUUUGCUAAUCUACAGAAAGGAGUGCUGCCUGAAACUCUUGGUCGGUUGCCAGAAGGGCAACAAGCAACAACAUUGCUUGAGCUAAUGACCAUAAGAGCAUUUCAUAGCAAGAUUUUGAGAUGCUACAGUCUUGGGACAGCAAUUGGGUUUCGUAUUAAAAAAGGUGUACUGACUGAAAUACCAGCUAUCCUGGUUUUUGUCUCCAGGAAGGUUGACAAGCAAUGGCUUAGCCCCAUCCAGUGUCUACCUACGGCCCUAGAGGGACCAGGAGGUGUAUGGUGUGAUGUGGAUGUUGUAGAGUUCUCAUAUUUUGGUGCACCUGAGCCAACACCCAAGGAGCAGCUGUACACAGAGAUUGUGGAUGAUUUGCGUGGGGGUGAUCCGCAUAUUGGCUCAGGUUCUCAGGUAGCAAACCAGGAAACUUAUGGAACUCUUGGUGCUAUUGUGAAAAGUCAAACUGGCAGCCGGCAGGUUGGGUUUCUUACAAAUCGUCAUGUUGCAGUUGACUUAGAUUACCCAAAUCAAAAAAUGUUUCAUCCUUUGCCUCCAACACUGGGUCCUGGUGUAUAUCUUGGUGCCGUGGAGAGAGCUACUUCAUUUAUCACAGAUGAUCUUUGGUAUGGCAUUUUUGCUGGAACAAACCCAGAGACAUUUGUCAGAGCAGAUGGUGCAUUUAUCCCUUUCACUGAUGAUUUUGACAUGUCCACUGUUACUACAUCUGUUAAAGGUGUUGGAGAGAUCAGUGAUGUCAAGGUUAUUGAUUUGCAGUCUUCAAUUGGUAGCAUUAUUGGUAAGCAAGUUAUGAAGGUUGGACGGAGUUCUGGCUUAACCUCAGGAACUGUAUUAGCCUAUGCCCUUGAAUACAAUGAUGAGAAAGGCAUAUGCUUCUUAACUGAUUUUCUUGUUGUGGGUGAGAAUCAGCAGAGUUUUGACCUUGAAGGGGAUAGUGGAAGCCUCAUCAUAAUGAAGGGUGAAAAUGGGGAGAAGUCAAGACCAAUAGGAAUCAUAUGGGGUGGAACUGCCAACCGGGGCCGACUUAAGCUAAAAGUUGGACAGCCACCAGAAAACUGGACUAGUGGGGUUGAUCUUGGGCGCCUACUCAACCUCCUUCAGCUUGAUAUCAUCAUAACGGAGGAAGGGCUUAAAGUGGCAGUGCAAGAACAAAGAGCUGCCUCAGCGGCCACUAUUGCCUCCACGGUUGGGGACUCUUCACCUCCGGAUGGAGUUCUUCUAAAGGACAAAAGUGAAAACAAAUUUGAGCCAUUGGGUUUUCAGAUUCAGAAUAUCCCUUUAGAAGUAGAUUGCAACAGCCCAGAAGCGAAUCCAUCAACAAUAAAAUCCGAGUUUCAUUUGGAAGAUGGUGUCAACGCUUGUCCUAGUGUAGAGCAUCAGUUUAUUCCAAGCUUCAUUGGACGAUCUCCCUUGCAUAAAAACUUCUCAGAUAAGGCUGUUUCUGAAAAUCUUGCGUCAUUAAGGAAUGGGUGUGAUGAAGAUUUUUGUGUUUCAUUGCAUUUGGGUGACAAUGAAGCGAAGCGGAGGAGGUCAGAGGCUUCAACUAGCACAGAAGAACCCAAGUGAAACUGUUUAGUAGCUUCAGCCGGGAAUCACUGACCUGCCCUUGUAGUUGGUAUUGCAGCUUUAAUCAAGUGAGUGAAGACUGCAAUUUUUAUUUGUUUACUUUGUCAACUUUACUAGGUCAAGUUGACCUCAGUAUUUAAUAUAGUGCAGAAUCCUUUUCUUGCUUGUGAAAGUUUUA